CUCUCGCGAAGUGAGAGAAGAAUUGGCAACGCGGAAGCGGGAUUAAUUCGAAUGCUGAAAAGUGUAACUUAAAGUGAAGAGAUCUGGCUGUGGAGGUUCCAGUGAUGUGUGUACGACGGCGGCGCCGUUUGCUGAUUUACCUGCUGUUUGGGACAGUAGUGUUCAUAGGGGUGUACUACGUCCUUCUCAGGGGACAGCAGAACACACCAGGCAGACAUCGACAUAAAAAUGAUUUUGAUGUUUGGCCAAUUGGAUUACCGAGGAGCACAGAGAGGCCGCUGAGGCCGAUCCCCAUCCUGGUGCCCCAGAUCCAUGUGAAAGAGAUGCCCCCCAUCCUGGUGUCCCCCGACAUGUCCCACGCUGAGGCUGAAGAGAACUUCUUCAAGUUCCUGGAGAACAAAGACGUGAAGUGUAACAACGAUCAGCGCCUUGGACACCAGCAUGACGGAGGUUGGAAUGUCUGCAUGUCUCCUCCAAUGGGGCUGGUACAACCGUGUCUGGUGUACUCCUUUGGCAUCGGCACGGACUGGCAGUUUGAUGAUGCCGUCUCUAAGAUAUAUGGAUGUCGAGUGCUGGCAUAUGAUCCCAGCAUCAACACCCGCGCCCACAACCGAAGCGCCUUGAUUCAGUUCCAGGAGCUGGGCAUUGCACCCAAGAACUUUGAAACUCCUGCAGGUUGGCAGAUGAAGACUCUGGCCCAAUUCCUCAAAGACAAUAGACACCAGAAUACAUAUAUCAACUAUCUAAAGUUUGACAUCGAGUACUCGGAAUGGAAAGUGAUACAAGCAAUGCUGGGAGAAGGAUCUCUCAGGAAUGUCAAACAGAUUGGAUUCGAAAUGCAUUCCCGAGAACUGUUCAAAGUUUCCAAGAUUGAUUUACCAACUGGUACUGAAGACUUUGUUAGAAUGUACCAAAUUUUGCGGAAAUUGGAGCAGCAUAAUUUCCGGAAGUUUAAUUACAGAAAAAACCCAUUUGGAGAGUAUAAAUCCCUCCACACAAAGAAGUUGAGAUCGUGUUGCUACGAGCUGCAUUAUGUCAACAUGAAUCUGUUGAAGCCAAAUGAGACUAUCGUCCAUACAAAAGAUGCCCAAAUGUUUCAUUAGAGGAAAUUUCAUGGAAUUGUGGUGGUCAGAUAGAAAAGGAUGGAAAGGUUGAAAUUCUGUGUUGUGAAAUAUUUAGAAUUCUCUUAGACAUUCCCUCAUCUAAAACUGAUCAAGUUGCCUUCCAUUUGAAGCUAUUUUAAUCUGUUUCCAUGUUCAUAAUAGUCCUGAUAAUGGUAAUAAUACUUCACUAAUAUUGCAUAUUUGAUUCACAUUGGGGUUUUGGUGGUUUUGAUUGUGUGAGUGACAGGUGUUGUCAGUAU